AUGGGCCUCGGUAUCCUGGAGGAUCGGGUCAUGGACCAUGUGCCUGGCACAACCCGGUACUUUGACGAUCCCGAGAGACCUCAGUACAGCCGUGAUGGAGUUACGGGACUCAAAUGCGACACCAGCGGUCCGCAACCCAUCGUCCUGGUGCCGCAACCCUCCGACGACCCUAACGACCCUCUGAACUGGCCGCUCUGGAGACGCGAUCUCAUCACCUUCGUCUUGUCCGUCACGGCCAUCUUCGCGACGGCCCUCGGCCCCAUCCUCGCUGCCAACACCCUCUCGCUCUCCCUCUUCUUCCGGGUCGACAUUGGACGGGUUGCGCUGCUGACAGGCUACUUCCUGCUCGGCGUCGGCUUUGCCGGAUGCUUCUUCGUCCCCUCGAGUCGCAUCUGGGGCAAGCGGCAUGCUUUCGUCAUCGGCGUCUUGAUACUCGUCGCGAGCAGUGCUUGGGGUGGCGCCUGCGCGCACCCCAAGAACUACACCAGCUUCCUCUGGUCCCGCAUCAUCCAGGGCGUUGGCACUGCGCCCUACGAGGCGCUCGUCAAUGCCGCUGUGGGCGAUCUCUACUUUGUCCAUGAACGUGGUAAGCGCAUGGCCUUCACCAAUCUCGCCGUCUUCGGUGGUGCCUUCUUCACCCCUAUUGUCGUCGGCAAGAUCACCGAAGAGCUUGGGUGGUGGUGGUCGUUCAACUUUGUCGCCAUCUUCUGCGCCGCCUGUGUUCCCGCUGUCAUCCUUUUCUGUCCCGAGACCGCGUACAGACGUGAUGCUUCCCUCAACACCGAUAUGCUGGCUACAGAGGGGAACGUAGCCUCUGACAAGACUCCUUCAUACUCGGUCACGGCAGGACCGUCAGACGGCACCGAGCUCAGGGACCAGAGCGGUUCAGACACCGUCGCUCCAGUAACCCCUGAAGGCGCUAACGGAACUCAAGCCGGUGAUCCUCAACGCGUUGACGGCCAGAAAGUCCACGUACCUGGCAAGACAUCGUGGGUCAAAUCAUUGAGCCUAUUCAAUGGGCGAAAGACGGAUGAGAACUUUUUCAAGCUGUUCCUGCGGCCCUUCCCCCUGUUCUUGCAGCCCGCCUUCCUCUGGGCAGCACUGAUCCAGGGUACCAUGAUCGGGUGGACCGUCUUUAUCGGUGUGAUUCUGGGGACCAGCUUCCAGACAUAUCCCCUGUGGUGGAACGAGGCCAAGGCUGGGUAUACGUACACCGGUGCCUUCCUCGGCGCCAUUUUGGGAUUCCUCAUCAGCGGUCUGCUCUCCGAUUGGAGCGCUCGCAAGUUGACAAGGAUGAACAAGGGUAUCUACGAGCCAGAGUUCCGCAUCUGGCUCGUCAUCCCCCAGUUCAUCUUUGGUGUCAUGGGUCUGUUCGGCUGGGGCAUCACCGUCGAUGGCAUGUUGAAGAAGGAGUACCACUGGUCCGUGCCCUUGGUCUUCUUCGGCUUCGAGGUCUGCGGCAUGGUCGUGGGAGCGGUGGCUAGUAGUCUGUACAUCGUUGACGCAUACCGUGAUCUCGCUAUCGAAGGCUUCACGUGCCUCAUCAUCUUCAAGAACUUCUUCAGCUUUGCCCUGACCUGGCGGGCGUACGCCUGGCUCAUCGAGAACCACACUCACUCGAAGCCUCUUUUCAACGCAAUAGGCAGCGUUCAGAUUGCCGUUUGCCUGCUGAGCGUACCCAUGUACAUCUUUGGCAAGCGGAAUCGCAGCUUCUUUUAUCGACACGAUCUCCUCAAGAUGUUUGGUCUUGGACAUGAGAAUCCGCACUAA